UGUCACUUCCGGUAUCUUACGGACAGUUGAUUUGAAACUAUCUAAACUGUCUGUCCUCGGUCAGUGGGCUAUUGUUUUAGCCACAGCAAUAAUCUGACUUUGGAUCACAUGUGAUCGAAAUUAACAUAAUUUGACUGUCGUGUGAGAGCUUUAAGUUAUGAAGAUGAAAAGGUACAAAUGAUGCCUUCGCGUGGUAUCGGAAAUAUAUUAGAUGCAUUUGUAUAGCACCCCUUUGUCUGUCCUCCAGGUAUCGAAGUGACUUUUAAUUAGGUCAUCGAUUGUAAAUUAACACCAUCACAAAUCAAACCCGCCGCAGUUCAAUUAUUUAUUGCGCAUGAAGUGGCACAAACUCGGUACAUGACUCGUAACUUAUUAAAUGUUUUCACGUUAACAUCCUGAACAGGCCACAUGGUGUCGCUGUAAGGACAGCUAUGCAGUUUCAGUGUAUUGUCAACAUCCGGCGACACGUCUCCUGAGCACAUACCGCUCUCCAGGCAAAUACAGUUUUAACAAUUUAAUUCACACCCGACUGUGUUUUGAGUAAUAAUGUUGUGCAUGUGGCGCACUGUGAACAUUUGAGCGUCAACUCUAAAACCGGUGGCUGUUUAGAAAACGUCAAAGCUUCAGAUGGGGGAGGUGAGGAAGCUGCAGAAGAAGUUGAGACAGAUUGAAAAUCUGGAAAUAAAAAUCAGUCUCACUCCAGAGGAGAGAUACAAGAUCUCCAGGAAGGCGGAGCUGCGCUCCAGAUUGGCUGAGCUUCAGCUGCAGCUUUCUGGCCUGCAGCAAACUCUUGGGAUUGUAGGAGACGGAAAAAAGGAGAAGAUGAAAAGACAAGUAGAGGAUGCCCCUGAGGCCCUUCCAUCACAAACACCUCCAGCCUCCAAGAUCCUUAAGGAAGAAAAUGAAUCCAAAGCUCAAGCAACGCCAGCACCGGCCGCCAGGCAGAGGGAGUCAGUAGGGAAUGCAGCAGAGAUAGUCAGAUUACAGGAGGCAACAGAGCCGGCCAAGGUACCGCAUCAUGGAGGAGACGUGUCAGGAAACCGUCCAGACUUUGACACAGAGCAGCAACUGCAAGAGGAAGAAGCGGCGUUUACAUCCCUCAAAGCGUCUUGGGAGAAGGCGAGGUUUCGCUUGAGGCUGUUGGAGGGUCACAAUGACAUAGUCACCAGCGUGGUUGCUGUUGACAACCUGGUGGUUUCUGGAAGUCGAGAUACAACAGUGAAGGUGUGGCACGUUCCCACGGCAACGGAGCACAAGAAUCUGGGUGGUCACACUGGAGGAGUUACCUGUCUUUCUGCGCCUCCCCCUGAGUACUGCAAGAGACUGGCCUGGUCGCUGUCUUUGUCUGACAAAGAGAGGUUUAUUUUGAGUGGCUCUGCAGACUGCUAUGUGAAGAUCUGGGCCCUGAGCAUUGGGCAGUGUGUUAAGUCUAUCUACACGUUCAAUGCUGUGACUGCGCUCUGCUUUGUGCCAGAAGAGGACGGCUACAUCAUUACCGGAUCAGAUGGAGGGAAAGUUCAAACCUGGAGCUGGCAUACUUUCCAGAACUGCCAGUCAGUCAAUGCUCACCAGGAAGCAGUCACCUCCAUCCAGUCACAGGGUCCGCUGGUGUUCAGCGGCUCAGCUGAAGGAGGGGUGUCUGUGUGGGAGAACCGGUGUUCGAAUCAUGACCCCUUGAGGCUCCUUCAACACUGGAGCAGUCAGGUGACGGACUUAGGUGGGGAACCGGGUGGGCGCCUGACCCUUAGCCCGCGGGGCGACAGAGUGUUCCUGGCUUAUGGUCGAGCGUGGCUUAAGAUCCUGCACUGGAGAACAGGAAUGAUGUCCAGGUUGACCAAUCACUGCAGCAUCACUGGGGUAACAGAUUGUGUUCACCAGACAGGAGGGCUGCUAAUUGGUUCCAGCUAUGACCUGGCAAAUGGAGAGAGCAUGCUUAAUUUGUUCUCUCUUCCUCAGUGUAGGUAUCUGGCCUCUCUGACCUGGCCAACCGCUCCUAGGAUCCUUUGCUUUGCUGCAUGGACCACCGGGAGCGGAGACCACCGCUGGGUCACCGGAGGUCGCGACCUUAUUGUUUGGGAGCAGCUCCCCAGUUCUGGGAAGCAGAGGGGUGACGUCACAGUAAAGAGAGACAGUCGAAUGGACUCGUGCUUGCUAGAGUCAGAGGGGGACACCGAGGAUGACGAGGAGACUGAUGAUUACGAGGAUGAAGCAGAAGAAAACAGCCGGCCUGGCGGCACUGAGGAUGUAGGGUCCAGCUCGUGGCUGCGCUGUGUUCUCCAAUGAGCGGCGGGCUCUCGUGCAGAGGACACCACGGCCUGCAGCCAUGAAGAGGAAAUGGAGG